CCACCUCCUCUCUCUCUCUCUCUCUUUGUGCCUUCUCUCUGCCUACAAAAUAUGAGAAUGCUUCUCUACGUUUCUUGCAACUUCUUCUUCUUCCUCUUCCUCUUGUUCAAAGUUUCCGACUUUUUCACUGCUAAGCUAAUUCUAAUUUGAAAAUCAAGGAUCUGAGGGUUGAUAAAGUACUCGAAGUUGGUCUUUGGUUGACAUUUUAUUUGAAUUUUUUUAUCAACCAGAGAGAGAAAAUAGAGAAGAGCUUUGCUGUUUAGAGCUAUAUUCCUAUCAGGUGUUAUUCAUUGAUUUUACCUCAAAUAAGUUGUUUGAUCCAUUAAUUUUAGCUAGGCUGAGGUGGGUUUCCUCCCUUAUCUCUUCUAAAUAUUUUUUAUUUUGAUUUUCCCAAACCUGAUAUUUUGCAUACAAAUGUAUAUGUGUGUUUGUAUGUUAUUUUGAGACAUUGUUUUGAUUCUCAUUCUCUGUAAUGAUUUUGUUCUUUCUCUUUCCUUUAAUUGAAAAUUCAUACUGAAUGCUUUCGGUAUGUUGCAUGGCAUUUGGGUUCUGGGCUUCGGUCUAUUUUGAUAGUUAUGCUGUUCAAGAUUUGAUUUUGACAAAGAAUUGUUUGAAUAUUUGAGGGUUUUUGUUAUCAAUAUAAUCUCUGCUCCUUUUCUCUAUUAAAAUUAAGGCAUUAUAUUUUUAUGGAAGAUCUUGAUAUUGGGUAUAUGUGAUCUGAUCACUUUCUCAUUAUGGGCCUGGAAACAGGUUGAAUCUUGAGUUGAAGGAAUACUUUUCUCUAUGGGGGAAGCUCCAGCCUUUUUUGAUGAUCUUCAAAGGGAUUUCUCAAAUGGGUUUGAUUUGAAAUCCAAAGGCCGCCAAACAGCUACCACCAUCGGCAGCAAAACAUAUGUGAUUGAUGGUACGGACGGUGAAUCAAUUGGAGUGCAGAUUUUCAACAGAUCUACGGGUGAAUUGGUGAUUCCUGCUGUGUUGGGAACAAAACCCAAGCUGUUUAAGGGUCAUUCAGCUGUGCUUGUGGAUGACGACCGGAUAUUGGUUCUUAAAGGGAAUUCGAGCUCUGAUGACUUCACUUGGUUUCUUGAGGUGGACACCCCAUUUGUAAGAGAGCAGAAAAAGAAUUUUGAAUCUGAGGUGGUUGCAUGGAGUAAGGGGGUUACUGGUAAUGCUGAGAAACCCAUUGUUAUCAGUGGUCCUUCUGGAGUAGGUAAGGGUACAUUGAUAUCCAAACUAAUGGAAGAAUUUCCGGACAUGUUUGGAUUUUCUGUGAGCCACACAACCCGUGCUCCAAGGAACAUGGAGAUGAAUGGGGUCCAUUACCAUUUCACUGAGCGAAAUGUUAUGCAGAAAGAUAUAAAGGAUGGGAAGUUCCUUGAGUUUGCUGCUGUUCAUGGAAAUCUUUAUGGAACCAGUGUAGAAGCCGUUGAGGUGGUUGCAGAUGCAGGGAAGAGAUGCAUCCUUGACAUUGAUGUUCAAGGAGCAAGGUCUGUGAGGACUAGGUCUCUUGAAGCAAUUUUUAUCUUUAUCUGCCCUCCCUCAUUUGAGGAGCUGGAGAAGCGCCUUCGUGCAAGGGCUACCGAGUCGGAGGAACAGAUCCAAAAGCGUCUUCGAAAUGCUAGGGCAGAACUUGAACAAGGAAACUCUCCUGGCGUUUUUGAUCAUAUCUUGGUAAAUGAUGACCUUGAGACUUGUUAUGACAGCCUUAAGAAACUGUUGGGUCUUAAUGAAGGCCUAGAAUCUAUCCUUAAACCAUCCCCGAAAUUAGUCGACCUCCCCAUGGACCAUUCAGUAUCAAAAAUUGAUCAGAAGAUCCUGAUAAAUUGUGGCACUGCAGAAGCAGAAAAAGCAUCACAGAACUUGUGUGUGCUGGAUCUAUCUUUGAUCAAAGGAGGAGCACCGGGACGUACAAGAGGACUGAAUGUGUAUGCUAUCAAUCCUUCAGCAAAUGGCAUAAAUGGCGUCAAACAGCUGAGCUAACGCACUACCCUCCACUUGAUACUAACUUAAUUCCUCGUUAUUUUUUUCAUUUCCUUCUCUUUUUAUUUUCAUUUUAAAAUAACUGAAAAAGGGAUUGGAGCUACUAGUUUAGUUCUUGCAAAUAUUUGGAGUUUUAACUUGUCAUCAUUCUUCAUUUGAGAAUGGAGUUGAUUUGGAGAUAUAGCAUUUGAUCAUAUUGCUUCCCAUAUUUUGAGAUGAGAGAUGAUUUGAAUUUUGCAUUGCAAAUUUAAGUUACUCGAGCGAGAGCGAAAUGUAUGUUUUCUAGUUUUUCAUGUGGAGAAUAAUCUCAGUUCUGAUAAAAUUCAAUUUGAUCCAUAUUUUAUAACAAC